AUGUUAUCCACAACUUGGAUUUUCAAGGAUAUUCUAUCUAGGCACCGAGUUAAGGCGUUCGAUAGUUUACUUUCGAGAAAACUCCCUGUAUCAAAAACAACAAAGCAUCUUCAACUAGGAGAGCAUUUCCUUUUCUUCUCGCCCUCAUUUGAUAAGCUUGAUACAGAUGGUUACUUCAGCUACCAAAGCCCUGCCAUUCUGCUAGGGAACCCUGAUUUGCAUUAUUGUAGAAGAAUUUGGGGACAAGGAGAGAUUAUUCAAUAUUCACCCCUCCUCUUAGACCAGGAAUAUGCAUGCCACGAAUCUAUUAAAUAUAUAAAAAAACUUCGAGACGAGCAUGUUGUCUGCAUUGAAAGGGCACUCAUGCAAACAAGCUCUGAAAACGCGUUCAACAAAUCUGGCGUUUGUUUAUUAGAGAGAAGAGUGUUGAUGUAUACCAAUUCUUUUGCCAAUAAGACUACAACAAGGGCAUUAACGGAAAAGGAAGAUUAUAGAAGCCUACUAAAUUUUACUGUUACUGAUAUGGAUAUUGUAGCAUAUGGUCAGCUGUCUUUGAAUCCGCAUCGAAUUCAUUGGGACAGAGGAUACAGCCGCCACGUUGAGGGGUACAAUGAUAUCAUCAUGCAGGGCCCCUUCUCGGUACAAUUAUUACUGAAAUGCAUCCAACCACUCCUGGACAAGCCAAUCAGACAAUUGCGGUAUCGCAAUUUGAAUUAUAUAUAUCCUAACACGACUUUAAGCAUAUGUCAAUCCCUGAACUCCUCGGAUAAAAAGUGCAAGUUUCAAAUUAGGGACCUCCAGGAAACCAAUCUAGUUUACUUGGUAGCUGAAGCUAUCUUUUGA